AUGGACGAAGCAGCAAAAGUGGCGAAGUUGCACGAAAUUUUCAAAGAACUCAGUCAACUCCGUUCGUGCAUUUUGCUGCUCGAUGACUUAGAAAUGCUAAUUGAGUACUGGGGAUUUGGGGAUCGUUAUUCAAGCAGAAUUUUACGAACAAUUGUAUUACUGCUACGACAAACAGCAAGAAAACCGAGCAGCAAUCGUUUGAUUGUGAUAGCUACAGUAACCUCGAAGUGCGCGAAAAACCUGGAUCUCCGUGAUUAUUUCACCCGCACUAUCGAGGUACCCGUACUUACCGAGGUGGCACAUCUGAUGGCCGUUAUCGAAGAUUCGAAUUUAUUCGAUAAGCAACAGUGCCAAGCGUUGGCAAAUCGACUGGAGAAGGAAUCAAAAAAGUAA